UAAACAGGCCUAAAAUCCCACAUUGGUUUCUAAAACCCUUAAAACGUUAAACCCAGUGCGGUAGCAAAGUCGGAGGCACAUACGGCCACCAGCAGCAGAGAAGAGAAGCCAUGGUGAAGUCCUACCUGCGGUACGAACCGGCGGCGGCUUUCGGUGUGAUCGUCUCCGUCGAUUCAAAUAUUACGUACGACAGCUCGGGGAAGCACCUGUUGGCGCCGGCACUUGAAAAAGUGGGCGUCUGGCAUGUACGACAAGGCGUAUGCACCAAAACGCUGACCCCGUCUCCGGCAUCGCACGGUGCCUCUCCUGCCGUCAACUCCAUCGCCACCUCCCUUUCAUCUCUGGUAGCUAGUGGAUAUUCGGAUGGCAGUAUAAGAAUUUGGGAUGCCGAAAGAGGAACUUGCGAGGCCACGUUCAAUGGGCAUUCAGGUGCUGUCACUGCCCUUCGUUACAACAAGCUUGGGUCUAUGCUUGCCUCUGGAAGCAAAGAUAAUGACAUCAUUUUAUGGGAUGUCGUUGGUGAGACCGGCCUUUUUCGUCUCCGAGGGCAUCGGGAUCAGGUUACCGAUGUUGUCUUCUUGGAUUCUGGGAAGAAGCUCGUUAGUUCCUCAAAAGACAAGUUUUUGAGGGUGUGGGAUACUGAAACUCAGCAUUGCAUGCAAAUAGUAGGUGGGCAUCAUACUGAAAUUUGGUCCAUAGAUGUCGACCUAGAGGAAAGGUUUCUGGUAACUGGUUCUGCAGACCUGGAGCUUCGGUUUUAUAAUAUUAAGCAUGAAAUGGUGGAGGGGCAAUCCGCAGAUAGUAUGAAAGGAAAUGAAAUUGUGAAUGAUGGUGAUAAUGCCCCUGAAAAUAAAUGGACUGUUUUGAAGCAUUUUGGUGAACUUCAGAGGCAAAGCAAGCAUAGGGUUGCUACGGUGAGAUUCAACAAGUCUGGAAAUUUGCUGGCUUGUCAGGUGGCUGGCAAAACAGUGGAAAUAUACCAUGUGUUGGAUGAGGCUGAAUCAAAGCGUAAGGCAAAACGUAGAGUUCAUCGGAAGGAGAAGAAAUCUAAGAAGGAGACGAAAGCUAAGGAGGAAGCAUCUGAGUUGAUAGAAAAUGGAGAAGCAAAUAAUGGCCCUGGAGAAGGAAAUGUCCCUGUGGUUACAGUUCCUGACGUUUUCACGCUAAUUCAAACUGUUCGAGCUAGUAAAAAGAUAUGUUCAGUUUCCUUCUCUCCAAUCACUCCAAAGAAUUCGCUGGCUACAGUAGCUUUGUCUUUGAAUAAUAAUUUACUGGAAUUUUAUUCCAUUGAAGACAAUGCGACCCCAAAAUUACUUGCUUUAGAGCUUCAGGGACACCGUUCUGUUGUCAGAAGUGUUACACUUAGCUCCGACAGUACCUUGUUGAUGUCAACUAGUCACAAUUCUGUAAAGUUUUGGAAUCCAAGUACUGGUUCUUGCCUACGAACUAUUGAUUCCGGAUGGGGAUUGUGUGGUUUGAUCUUUCCUCAGAACAAGUAUGCAAUAGUUGGAACUAAAGAUGGAAAACUGGAAAUAAUUGAUAUUGGAAGUAGCACUUGCAUUGAAGUGAUGGAAGCUCAUGGUGCCUCUGUUCAAUCGAUAACAGCUCUUCCUAAUGGAAAUGGUUUUGUCACGGGAAGUGCUGAUCAGGAUGUUAAGUUCUGGGAGUAUGAACUUAAACAAAAAUCUGGUCAAGACUCUAAGCGCCUAGUGGUGUCAAAUGUAAGGACUAUGAAGAUGAAUGGUGACGUUACUGUGGUUGCUGUUAGCCCCGAUGCUAAAUAUGUAGCUGUUGCCCUUUUGGAUUUCACAGUGAAGGUUUUCUAUAUGGAUACACUCAAAUUUUUCGUUUCUUUAUACGGUCACAAGCUGCCUGUGCUAUGCAUGGAUAUUUCAUCUGAUGGAGAUUUGAUGGUGACUGGCUCAGCAGAUAAAGACUUGAAGAUUUGGGGUUUAGAUUUUGGUGACUGUCAUAAGUCCCUUUUUGCUCAUACUAAAAGUGUUGAGGCAGUGCAGUUUGUGAGAAAUACUCAUUUCGUGUUUAGCGCUGGGAGAGAUGGCAUAGUGAAAUACUGGGAUGCUGACAAAUUUGAAUUGCUUUUAACUCUUGAGGGACACCAUGCAGAUGUUUUGUGUCUUGCAAUCAGUAACCGUGGUGAUUUCCUUGUUAGUGGAUCUAAUGACUAUUCCAUACGUCGCUGGGAUCGUACUGAAGAGACAUUUUUUAUUGAGGAAGAGAAAGAAAAAAGGUUGGAAGAGAUGUUCGAGUCUGACCUUGACUUUGACAAUAAAUAUAUGCCUAAGGAAGAAAUCCCGGAGGAGGGAGCUGUGGCCUUGGCAGGAAAAAAAUCCAAAGAAACCCUUUCAGCUUCUGAUUCAAUUAUUGACGCACUAGACAUAGCUGAAGCAGAACUGGCUCGUAUUGCUGAACAUGAGGAGGAGAAAAACAGGGGAAAGCGUGCAGAAUUUCAACCAAAUAUUAUUAUGAAUGGGCUUUCUCCAUCUGACUACAUUCUUCGUGCCCUUUCAAAUGUUCAGACAAAUGACCUGGAACAGACUCUACUGGCUUUACCUUUUUCAGAUGCUUUGAAGCUUCUAUCUUAUUUGAAGGAUUGGAUUUUGAAUCCAGAUAAGGUUGAACUUGUAUGCAGAAUUGCUACGGUGCUAUUGCAGACUCAUUACAAUCAGUUGAUUAGUACCCCAGCUGCAAGACCUGUGUUGACUAUUCUUAAAGAGAAGCUUUAUCCAAGAACUAAGGAAUGCAAAGAUACUCUAGGUUUCAACCUUGCAGUGAUGGAUCAUCUCAAGCAACUGAUGGCUUCGAGAUCGGAUGCACUAUUCAAAGAUGCAAAAUCUAAGUUACUGGAAAUCCGAGCACAGCAUUCAAAACGUCUAGAAGCAAGAUCAGAGACAAAAGAAGAAAAGCGAAGAAAGAAAAAGAACAAAAAAUCAAGUGAUAAGUGAUAUACAUGCAUUAAAAUGUGUGAAAGAAUAGUUUUCAAAAUGAAAUACAACAAAGCUUGUUCAUUUGGAUGAGAUUGGAUCGCUGGGAACACUUGGUCAUGACUCAUACCACUGAAAGUGUAGAAAUGGAAGUGUCUGAUACAAGGUAUGGAUUCGAGCUUGUUGCCUUUUAAGGGAUCACCUACUCCCCUAUGAGAAGGAUGUACAAGUGGCUGCUGAUUUGAUGGAGGCAUCUGAAAAUGUCCCAUCAUCUAAGUGCCUUGGGCGGGAUUAUUCCAGUUUUGUAACUUUAUUUAUAUAAGCAUUCGCUUGAUUUUAUUAACUCUAUAUACUGGCUAAUGCCAAGGUUCUGAGCAUAUUUUUUUGUUGCUUA